CGUACAUCCAGAGUAUUAAUAAUGAUCGUUGCAUUAAUACAAAUGAUUUCGUUAUAUUCGAGUGAUUAGGCUAUGAUUGUAUCGAUAUACACAUAAAUAACUAUUAAGGAUGAUUUUAACGAUUACUAGAAGCAGUUAAUUUGAUUUGCACAGUUGAAUAAUUAGUAGCUAGUAUUAGUAAAUUUGUGCACCGCUAAAUGUCUGUCAUCGCUAUAGAUACCUUUCUCUAAAUAUCUUUCUGACGGAUAGUCUCUAAUCUGUGGCCACAGACUUUUGUCCGAGGGGUUAUAAUGUAUUAGUUGUCUUUUCAAAUAAAUAAAAUUUUAAAUUAUUCUAAACCAUAAUAUUAUGAUCAAAAACGUGAGAGAAAAUGAAAUUGUUAAGGAUUUUAAGUUCAAGUAUUUUUCAAAUUAUCUCACUGUUAUUCGUAAUUGGAUACCUUCUUGGUGCAUUAAAUUUACAUUUUAGCGACAAAAAUAAUUAUUGUGUAAUGACAUACAUGUUCGAAUUUCCGCAGUUUGUGGCAGUUUCAGUCCCCGAAAAUAGGAAUUUUCCCCAAUAUGGACUGUAUGCCUAUAGUGAAGGAAGAUUUACUGAAAAAGCUAGAAAAAUGUGGUUUGAUGGUGUUCCAGUAUUAUACUUACCUGGUAAUUCAGGUAGCCAUAUGCAAGCUCGAUCCUUGGCUUCUGUUGCUUUAAGAAAAGCAUUAGACCGUGGUUAUGAAUACCAUUUUGAUUACUUUACAAUUAGUUACAAUGAAGAACUAUCAGGAUUAUAUGGAGGAGUAUUGCAGAAACAAACAGAUUUUGCAUCUGCUUGCAUAUCAAGAAUACUCAAUUUAUAUAAAAGUAAUAAAUAUACAAAGACUGUUCCGACAUCUGUUAUUUUAAUUGGUCAUUCCAUGGGAGGUCUGAUCGCCAAGCGUCUUUUAGCAUAUCCAAGUACAGUGAAUACAACUUCUAUAGCUAUAACGUUGUCUGCACCAUUGCAAGCUCCUGUUAUCAAUUUUGACCUUGCUAUGAAUGACUAUUACAAACUGAUGGAUAUGGAAUGGAAUGCAAAUAUAAACAGAAAUGAUGUGGUUAAACAAAAGAAACUAUUACUAAGCUUUGGCAGUGGUCCGAGAGAUAUUUUAAUGCCUUCCUGGUUGACAUCUUGCAAUGAAAGUUAUAUAGGAGCAUUGAGUACAGCUGUUCCAGGAGUGUGGGUUUCCACUGAUCAUGUGAGCAUAGUUUGGUGCAAGCAAGUUGUAAUGGCAAUCAAUAAAUAUCUAUUUUCUAUUAUUGACCCAUGGACUGCACAGAUCAAUGAAGAUAAUCAAGUAUUGACAUCCAAAGCUAGGGAAUACUUCCAGGCCAAUCGUUCAAUGUUUCUAAAUCCAGAUAUAAACCGACCAAAUGUGACAAUGCAAAUGGAUGCCUUUUGGUACGAAGACAACAGACGAAUUUAUCAAAUAUCAAGGCCAGAUAUAGAUAAAACAACAUAUUUAAUGAUAAGAUUGGUAAAUUUCCCACAAAAUCGUUUCGUCGCUAUAGAAUCGGUUAACGUAUCGAACAGAGAUUGGAUAUUUGGUUGUAAUGCCAAAUACACGGCGUCCACGUAUAGAUAUUGCAAAUACGCUACGUCUCUAACCGAACUUAGCCGAUGGACUGGCGCUGCAACUGGCUUUGGUAAACGUAAAUUGGCGACGGUGCAUCUUCACAGUAUAAAAGAGCAACAUCCCGAUUGGAGUCAUGUGGUGGUCAAAGUGUCGCCGACUAGGAGACCGAUAAUUUUGAACGUUGAUAUAAACGACCACGCAUCGAGACAGAUCACAGUAAGCUUGCCUUCUAUCUUUUCAUUUGGAAAGUCAAUAGUAAAAGCGGAGACUGAACAGGAAAGUUUAUAUUACGAACUACUUUUGCCUGAAUUCAAUACGUUACAUCAAGCAUAUUUGCUUUAUGUGGAACCAACGGCGAGUUGUAAGGCCACACAGUACCACGUGUCUGCUGAAAUGCACGUUCCAUGGGCGAAGAAUAAUGAAUACUAUCAUUAUUUUACGCAAUUGAAACAGUCUCCUAUGAAAUUACGACUGUUUACGAGCAAUCCUAACGUUACUCUUGGAUUGGAGUCUUCAGAAAAUGUGAAAAUAACUUUAUUGUUGGACCCUCAAUGUACUUAUACUAUUAGUAUAUCAUCUUCAUGGUACCAUCGCUUAGCCCAGCUGGCGCGGAAUUACACCUCAGUAUUAGUGCCAUAUGUGGCUGCUAUAGUCUUACUGGCGGCAAGAAGCAGCAUAUUGCAUUUACGAGAGCAUGGCACGUGUCUUUCUAUACACGGAGCGCUUAUGAGCGACGGUGUUAAGCCAUAUUAUGCCUUAGUGUUUGCUAGAUUGGCUGCAAUUGCUUCCAUGUCGAUACCUCUCCUAUCAUUUAUAUAUGAGAAUGUAAGUGGGAAUAAUCAAGAGAUGCAAUACUUCACUCGUUCGCUUAUAGUGUUGCCAGCGUACAUGACAGCUCUGGGCGUGCUCAAUAUAGCGGCGGCGGCGACAAUAUUGGUGAUGGUGUUUUCAUCUCAAUUGGCCCAUCGAUUGCUAUUUAGGAUAGUAUGGCGAGGCAAUAGUGGACUAGCAGAGCGAGUAGCGUCCGGUUUGCAGAAGAUCCCGAUGCUGGUGAGCGUGGCGCUAGUAGCAGCUGUUCCUCUCUCUUGCGGUGCUGCCUCUCUCGUUGCGGGCGCCGCAUUCUAUGCCUUCAUGCUCUCAAAAAUGUAUGAAGAAUAUUUGGAAGAUUAUGUUUACAAAUUUAUGGCAAAAAUCGCCUCUAAAAUGUGUCGUGUUUUUCAAACAAAAACGAAGGAUGUUAAAAAUACUGAAAUUAGUGUAAUUAAAACAAAUUCUGUUGAAUCUACUUCACAGUUACAAUCUGUAGAAGAUCAUACUGAUAGUGUAAAUAGAGAAGAUGGAAAUGAGAAUAUUAAUAGUGAGCCAAAUGUAACACAAGGUACAGAAAAUAACACUAAAACUGUCUCAGUAUAUGAAUCACCAAAAGAGCAAGCUGCUUCAUCUUCAAAUACUGAACACAAUAUGGAUCGAGAAAAUGAUAAGAAAAAAUGUGAUGAUAAUAUUCACAAUUAUGAUGAUGAUGAUGAUGAUGAUCUUAACAAUAUACAUUUCCAUAUGAUAUUGUUCUUAAUGUGGAUGUCAGUGACUUUGGUUAAUGUACCUGCUUUAUUAACAUGGGCUCGAAAUUUCAAACACACUAUGGUAUUAAAACCGGACACUUCAUAUCACUCAGGCUUAAUACUUUCAUUGUGUUCAUGUGUUGUAUGGCAGUUUAAUGGACCAAGAAAAAAAUUAAAAUACUAUGAAGCUGUUUCGGCCUUAUUAUUCACGAUGGCUGUAUGUAUACUAGCAUUAGGGCCUGUGUCUUUAACGGUGGUUAACUAUGGAGUCACAUUCAUGUUCAUGGUUAUCACAUUACAACAGUUAUUAGAUAAGGAAGAACUAACGGAAGUUGUGAUUUCAACAGAAGUAUUACAAGAACAAACCAACGAAAAUACUAAUGAAAAUCUGAGUGAAUCCAAUGUGUUGGGUGACAAUAAAGCAGAUACUAAUUCUCAUAACUCAAGUGAGACUCCAAAUCCAGAUACUGUCAGUGAAGAUUGUGAUGUAUGCAGUGAAAGUAGAAUAUAUAAUGUUUUUAAAAAUCUUCGAGAGAAAAUCACCUUCAAUGAAGAUUUAUAAUGUCCAUUUUAAUGGGUAGAUUACCCAUAAAUUACAUUACCUCACUAUGUCUUUUACCAGUGUGUAGGGGCGUCUAAUAAUUGUUGAUAUAUAUUACAACUAUGUAUCAAUGCUGCUUUUAAAAUUAUAUGACAUGUAUUACAUUACAUUUAUAUUUAAAGAGCAGCCCCUCAAUAAUCUUUAAUACACCAAUUUUAUUAUUAAUUACAAUGUUAUUUCUGCCUACCCGGCAUAGAAUUUUGUGAUAGAAUUAUAUUAUAAUUUUAAAAUUGCAAGCAGGACCGUUAACAAUGUCAAUAUGCUUAUAAAGGCCUAUGCAGUCUAGGACAUUUUGUUAAUAGAUGACAAAAUAAGUUAUAUACAUAAAUAAAAAUUAAACAAAAAAAAUUAGAGCCCCUAAUUUAUUUAUAUUAAUUAAUUGCUUCACCCUCCCUAGAAUAAAUUAGUAAAUUUUUAUUUAUUGACAGUAUUAUUUUAUUAUAAAAAGGGUUGACGUCAGGCAGGCAGCCGGUCAUAAAACUAUAAGCUAAAUCAAAUUAUAAUACGGAUAAAACCAUAUUAAAUAGUAUAGUAUACCUUUUAAGCAUAAUAAUUUAGAUAACCCUUAAGAGAGGUAUCCUACCUCUCUUAAGGAUUUAUUUUACUUUAAUAUUUGUUAUCUACAAUAUAAUCUGGUAUGAAAAUAGAAAGAAUAACUGAAAUACAGGUGUAUAAGGAACUCGAAAAAGGUGUCUAUUACAUGUGCCUAUUGUGGAUGAUCAAUUUAGAAGGUUUAGUAGAUUUUUUUUAUUUAUUAUCACAAAAAAAUAGAGUUAGAUGACUACUGCCUCCUAAUCUGGUUCUGCUUCUAAAUUCUUACAGUAAGUAUAUUUUUUUGCAAUUGAAAUCAACCUCUGUUAAUAUUAUGAUGUUAUGUACAAUUAAUAAAAAAGUUGAUUAUUUAUAUAGAAUAAAAAAUAAAUUAUUUAAUUUAUUAUUUA